UUUGCGUCUGGCAGCCAGCACAACAGCCUAUUUAUUUUGCAGUAGUCAGGCCUGGUUAUUUUUAGGGCGACUUAGCGUACAAAUAUAGCAUGAAGUUUGCUUGUGUCAUUUUCACAACUUUUUAAUCACUUGUUUGACUUUUCACAUUCCAAAACUUGGCCGAUACGCAGCGUUUCCUGUCGGUUCUGUCAGCCAUCUGUCCGCUGGGGGAAGCUGUCACGGAUGUCUGGUGGGUGUGUGAUUAUGAAAAUCUGAUGAAAGCCAAGGGGAAGAACCUAUGCAGGUGUCCUAUAUUUUCCCAAAUGGGGACAGAUAUGCCUCUCUUCUCCACAGAGGGGGAGUGCAGCAGGUCAGCCUCUGGGGUGAUGAUGAGGAGUGGUGCUGGUAAACACACCUCAGCAGGUGGUGUCAUAUACACUGGAGAGUGGCAUGAAGACAAAAUGCAUGGCAAAGGGACACUGCAGCACCCCUCUGGAGCACUUUAUGAAGGAGAAUUCAAAGACAACAUGUACCACGGCAGGGGAAAAUACACCUUCCCAGAUGGAUCCACCUACAAAGGUCAAUUUCACAAUAACAGGUUGGAAGGCGAAGGCGUGUUCACUAACACACAGGGACUUGAUUGGAUAGGGGAGUUCCACGGCAACGCAGCGCUGGGCCUGAAAAUGCAGCACAAUAUUUAGCAGCACAAUAUUAUAUUUUUUAACAUUAAAAUUGACUUGCUUUCCUUUCACAUAUAACCUGCCUUUGUGAGAUGCGAUAAAUGUUUACCAAACUAAAUGUCUGUGUUUCUGCCCCUGUUCAUGUAUUUCUGUGUACUAGUGGUUAAAUAUCAAUGCAAUAAGUGA